AUGGCGCUGCGUUUGGCCCCCCCCUUAUUUCGGCUGGCCCGGAGCUGUGUCCGGUGUCGGAGCACCGGGAACACCCCCACACAGGUUGCCCCCCCCUUCGACUGGCAGGACCCGCUGGGGCUGGAGGGGCUGCUGAGCGCUGAGGAGCGGCUGCUGCGGGACACGACACGAAAAUACUGCCAGGAGAGGCUGCUGCCCCGCGUGCUGCAGGCCAACCGCCAUGAGGUCUUUGACCGGGAGAUCGUGACUGAACUGGGAGAACUGGGACUGCUGGGUCCCACCAUUCAAGGGUACGGCUGUGCUGGCACCACGUCGGUGGGCUACGGGCUGGUGACACGGGAGCUGGAGAGGGUGGACAGCAGCUACCGCUCCGUGCUCAGUGUGCAGUCCUCCCUCGUCAUGUACCCCCUCUGGGCCUACGGGACCCCCGGGCAGCGCGAGCGGUUCCUGCCCCGCCUCGCUCGGGGGGAGAUCGUGGGGUGUUUCGGGCUGACGGAGCCCAACCACGGGAGCGACCCGGGGAGGAUGGAGACACGGGCACGGCACAACCCCAGCGCCAAGACCUACACCCUGCAUGGGUCCAAAACCUGGAUCACCAAUUCGCCCAUAGCCGACCUGUGCGUGGUGUGGGCCAGGUGUGAGGAGGACGGGCGGGUCCGGGGGUUCCUGGUGGAGCGUGGGACCCCCGGGCUCAGCACCCCCAAAAUCGAGGGCAAGUUUUCCCUGCGUGCCUCCACCACCGGGAUGAUCCUCCUGGAUGACGUGGAGGUGCCUGAGGAGAAUGUGCUGCCUAAAGCCGAGGGGCUGGCGGGCCCCUUUGGCUGCCUGACCCAGGCGCGUUACGGCAUCGCCUGGGGCGCGCUGGGCGCUGCCGAGGCCUGUCUGGAGACGGUGAGGCAAUACGUGCUCGACAGGAAGCAGUUUGGGGGCCCGCUGGCCCGGAACCAGCUGGUGCAGAAGAAGCUGGCGGACAUGGUGACCGAGAUCACGCUGGGGCUCCACGCCUGCCUGCGCCUCGGCCGCCUCAAGGACGAGGGAAAGGCUGUCCCCGAGAUGGUGUCGAUGCUGAAGCGGAACUCGUGCGGGAAGGCGCUGAGCAUCGCGAGGGACGCGCGGGACAUGCUGGGGGGUAACGGGAUCUGCGACGAGUUCCACGUGAUCCGGCACCUCAUGAACCUCGAGGCUGUCAACACCUACGAGGGUACCCACGACAUCCACGCGCUGAUCCUGGGCCGCGCCAUCACCGGCAUCCAGGCCUUUGCCCCGGCAAAGGGGACGUAGUGGGGACACGGCAGCGUGGGCACGGCGGGGACACGGUGGCACCGGUGGCACUGGUGGGGACCGGGUCUGCUCCUCAUCAAGAGACGGUGGCGCUGACCGGACCCAGUGUCACCAACGGGACCCAGGUGUCCUCAGAAGGGAUCCGGUGUCACUGACAGGACAUCGUGUCACCCAUGGGACCUAAACUUCAUGUCACCAACGGGACUCGGAGUCACCCGUACCAAAUCCUGUGUCACUGGCGGGACCCGGUGUCACCAAGAACAUCUUGUGUCAUUGAUGGGACCCGGUGCCACCAACCAAACCUCCUGUCACCAACGGGACUCAGUGUCACCGACAGGAUUUGGUGUCACUCAGGUCGUGCUGGGGGUCCCAUGCCCGGUGCCUUCGCCAUCCCUGUGGCCAAUAAAUGGUGGGACAGCCCCCUCCAUGCCAGCCGUGCUCGUUAGCGUUAAUUAACCUCCCAGGACCCAGCUCUGCCCUCGGGGAGGUCCCAGCCCAGCACACCCCUCCCCACAUCCAGCUUUUGGGCCGGCUUCAGCCCUUUAUUUGUUCCAAACAUCAACAGCAACACCAACAGAAAAGCACUUUGGGGUCAAACUCCCUCUUCGGCUCGGCACAGCCCUGCGGUCCCGUGGCUUUGAGGGGGUCCCCCU